AUGCUUGUUUCUUUGAUGUAUAAAGCUAAUAAAUCUGCUAGAAAUCUAAGUGAUCUUAUCGUUGGUAAUUACUUUGAAGCUCAUAGAGACCUUGUGUUGAUAACUGGUGGUAAUGGAGGAUUAGGAAGGGAAUUAGUAAAGCUAUUUUAUGAUCGUGGAGCCAAAGUUAUUAUUCUUGAUGUCAAUGAAAUUGAUAACUUGCCUGAAAAUGUUGUAUUUUACAAAUGUGAUGUUAGUAACAGACAAGAGCUUUGGCAAACUUAUGAGCAGAUCAAGCAAGAUCAUGGGAUUGUUACGAUUCUUAUCAAUAAUGCUGGUAUUACCCAAGGUAAAAAGUUAUUGGAUCUUGAAUAUGAAGAAAUCGAAAAAGUUAUCAGCAUUAACUUGCUUUCUAGUUUUUACACUAUCAACACUUUCUUACCCGAUAUGUUAUCCAUAAAGAGAGGGUAUAUCAUCACAGUAGGCUCCGUUUUGGGGUACAUGUCACCAGCAAGAUUAAGUGCAUACGGAGCAUCUAAAUCUGGAUUAAUAGCAUUACAUGAAUCUUUGACCUAUGAAUUGGGACCUCCAUCUUUCAAUAUCAGUGGUGUCAAGACAUUGUUGUUAUGUCCUGGACAAUUGAAAACUAACAUGUAUAGAAGCGUUUCUACUCCGUCAAAGUUAUUCGCUCCAGAAUUAGAUCCCUCAUAUGUUAGUAAAAAAUUGAUUGAAGCUAUUGAAUUGGGUAGAAGAGGGGAGAUCAAAUUACCUUUCUAUGGAAAAUUUAUGCCUGUCUUCAGAGCUUUUCCAUGGCCUGUAGUGGAAUUCAUUAGAAAUAUUUCAGGAAUCGAUCAAAGUAUGGAGUCUUUCAAAAAUCAUGCUAUUUCAUUAGGUAACAGGACAAGUUCUUUACUAUCAUUGGUGCCUAGUUCAAAUUUACCAGAAUCCGCCGCAACGGUAGUUACAACAACUACUUACUAA